UGCGUUUGACAUAGUGUUUAGGUUAAGUUUACAGUUUGCAAGUUAAUUUUAAAAACAGUUUCUUUUUUAUUUAAAUUGGAUUUAAUAAAACAACAAUGACGGCCAGAGAAAUGAAUAAAACAAAACUCUCCAAAGGCAUUUUGGAGAUGAAGUUCAUGAAGAGAACCAAAGACAAGGUCAUAAAAGAACUUCAAGAUGAGGAAGGAAGACUAAUGUUUGGAAAUCAAAUAACAGAAGGCAUGAGAGCUGGAAUGAGCAAUUAUAUUUUGGAACCAAGUUUUAUCCCUUGCGAGGAUUUAAUCGAUGGCAGAUUAUCGUUUCGAGGAAUGAAUCCAGAAAUAGAGAGACUUAUGGAACUGGAAGAAUUAGCCAAGAGAAAACCAGUGGAUAGAUCCAUGGCUACGGAUGUCAGCGACGUCGAAAUGGCCAAGUUUAAGGAAUCUUUAGUGGAGACAGUUGCAAGUAAAUACAAGACAAAGAAGAUCCGAGGUGUUAACUCCUCACAAAUGUCUUCUGCCUCAAAUAAACAAGAAGAACCGCCCAGGAAAAGAGCAAGGUUCCUCAAACCUAAGGACGAAUAGCAUGCAUCUAUCUUCUUGCACUGGUUAGUCUUAAGGAAUUGUACAUAUAAUAUUUAAACAAAUGAAAAAUG